AUGUUUUUCUAUAACAUGUGUAAGAUCGCAGCUCUCCCCGUCCUGUGCCGCUGCGCGCUCGGAGACCUCGCGCCUAUUGAACGUGUCCCCGGUGGGCUGGAAGCGGAGAGGAGCCAAUGCAAGCGCAGGGGAGGCGUGUCUUCGCUCCUCCACAAGACCUCCCAGAGCAGGUUGUUGCAUUCUGGCUCUAAAGCCGGGAGACCUCCGACGUGCUCGUCAGUUUUCGAAGUAGGAGCCAUGGCGACAACAGCUCAGUAUAUUCCGAGGAAUAACUCCUUGCCGUCCAACCCGCUCAUGCAUCCGGACUCGGAUAGGAUGCAUCAGGGGACGACCUACAGAGAGGUGCAGAAAAUGAUGCACCACGAGUACUUGCAGGGGCUCGCGGCGACCAACACGGGACACCCGAUGAGCCUGACGCACCACCAGUGGCUGCCCACCUCCAACACCGACUGGUCCAGCGGCACCCACAUCGGGCAGCAGGAGCACAAAGCCAGCGUGCAGGCGACCCGGGAGGACCUGAGCAGCGGCUUCCACCACAGAUCUCACCUGGUGCACCAGCAGACGCAGGGCAGCCACCACGGUUCGUGGGCGCCCGCCACGACGCACCACUUGUCCCCGCUGUCCCCGGCGUCCAACGGCCACCAGUCCCUGGUGUACUCGCAGCCCGGAUACACAAACCUCAACGCGAUGCUGAGUCCCCAGCCCGGCGCGCUGCACCACGGCAUGCGAGACCCGCUCCACGACGAUUCGGGCAGCCACGACAACCAGAUGGAGUCUCCCCAGCAGGCGUUCAGUCACCACCAGGACCACUCGGACGAGGACGCGCCCAGCUCCGACGACCUGGAGCAGUUCGCCAAGCAGUUCAAGCAGCGGCGGAUCAAACUGGGCUUUACGCAGGCGGACGUGGGCUUGGCCUUGGGCACCCUGUACGGAAACGUCUUUUCUCAGACCACCAUCUGCAGGUUCGAGGCGCUGCAGCUUAGCUUCAAGAACAUGUGCAAACUUAAGCCGCUCCUAAACAAGUGGCUGGAGGAGACAGACUCGAACACGGGCAGUCCCACCAAUUUGGACAAGAUCGCCGCGCAGGGCAGGAAACGAAAGAAGAGGACCUCCAUUGAAGUAGGGGUGAAAGGGGCGCUGGAGAAUCAUUUCUUAAAAUGCCCAAAGCCGUCAGCUCACGAAAUCAGCAGUUUGGCCAACACGCUGCAGUUGGAAAAAGAGGUUGUGCGCGUUUGGUUUUGCAACAGAAGACAAAAGGAGAAAAGAAUGACACCAAUCGGGGUCCCUCACCCGAAUAUGGAGGACGUAUAUUCCCAGGCAGAGACCCCUCCGCUACACCGCUCACUACAGAGUCCUGUACAGUGACUGUUUUCAUGAACAAUAAGAGCAUUAGAAAAAGGGGAAAGGGACUACGGAGUUUACAGUAUUUAAGUUUGGCUUUUGUUUUCCUCAGAGAAAAGAGACGUGGAAAAGUUGAAUAGUUUUGCCCUUAGUAUUCGGACGCCGUCGACAAACAGAUGGCAAGAGCGGACAUGUGGAGAAGAAAAAGAAGAAGAAGGAGAAAAGAAGAAGAAAAAAACAAGAAGAACAAAAAUAUUCGCUGUUACUGAAUCCGCGCGCGUUCAAAGUGAAACAAAGAUCUUUAUUUACCAAAACGAUAUGGAGGAGAAGGCAUAUAAAGUCAAUUUCAUAACCCAUGGCUGUUUCAAAUGGGGCGUAAUUUAACGUGGCAGAGCGAGGCCGUCUCCUCCUGGUGCUCCGUGAACUGGUGGCGGCUGCGUGGAGACCAUCAACAACUGGAGAUCAAUACACUGAACGAACAUUUUGCUUUCUGCAGACCUAAACUGAUUAACCAGAUUUCUGAAUAUUGGUGUAUACUUUCUUUGUUCUAUUACGUGUGAUGUUUUUGGUUUUGGAAAUACUUUUAACUUCAGUGUGUCGCUGAACUGUCUCAUGAUUUCUGUCGUUGUUCGCUGUAAGUCAUCCGAGCAGCAUCUUCUCCUUUUUAUAUCUGUUGACUCUGUGGGAGGUGAUGGAAAGGAUGGCACCCGAAACACUCAUCGUUAACAAACAAAAAAAAUACACACACACACAAUGCAACAGGGCGUUUAAGUUCUGAGUGCACGUCUUCAAAUGAUAGUUCAAAACGUCGACAUUUGCAAACAGCACUAGACGCUAAAAGGGGAAUUUUAAAAAGCGCAUCGUCUUUUAUUUGGGGAGGAGGGGAGGGGGGGGUGUUUGCUUAUCAAAAUAUUGUUUUCUUUGCAUGGAGCACUUAUUGUUUCGUUGAUAUUAUCAUUAUUAUUAUUAUUAUUAUUGCAAUUUUAUAUUUGUUGUGAGUGGGGCCGCAGGCUUAAAACACAAUAAAUCCCAUGUUCGCAGGUUCCUGGUUGUCUCCCACACUGCUCACUGCCUGAUAAUCCUGUUGUAUUCCAAACACCUCACGAGAGAUUGGUCAUAUACGAAAUGAAAAGUAAUAGUAACUCAGGUAACUUCAGUGCCCCUUCGUCGGAAUAUCACGCCUGUGUACGUGUUUUUUUUGUUUUAUUUUCUUUAUUUUUUAGAUCUGGUUACAACCGCACCGUUUUCUUUGUCCCAUAAAUCCACUGUAUUAUAUUAAAACGCUGGAUUCGGAGAGAAGAAAAUAAUAAUUCCUCAAGGGGAAGCGAUGAAGGGACUUAACAAGAUAUAUUUAUUUUUUUUCUGACCUGAAAGGAAAUCUGAAAAUCUCAUGCCGUUGUGUGUCGUUUCUCAAUGUUGGACUAGUGCAAAAGUCUAAAGCAGUGCUAUUCAAUACAGAUGAGGGAAACAUUUCUUUUUCAAGAAAAAAAUAAUAAUAGUAAAAAAUAAAAAAAAAGAAGAUUUUAGAGAAAAUGUUGCCAGGAUUAUUUCCGAUAUGUAAAUAUGUCCAAUAUGUAAACUUGUAUUUGUUCUGAGAUAUUGUUUUGUUUUUGUUUCUUUCCGGGCCGUUUUGUACACUUACUAAUUCCAAGAAGAUAUUUUAAUAUGAUUUCAUUUAUGAAUCUGACCAUUUAUAUAUAUAUAUUUAUUUCUUAAACGUGUUUGGAGCUUUUUGUUUGGCUCUGUCAAUGGUUACGUUGCAGUGGAUUUCUGUAUGUUUCUCUUUUUGUUCACUACAUUGGUUGUAUGUUGAUUGCUAAAUGUAGACUGCAAAGUCACAUUUAUAUUUAUGUUAUAGUAAUAUUUUAUUACUUACAUAAAACACAUAUAUACAAGAAA